AUGACUGCCGCUACUGCUACUAACACCACGACCACCACCAUUAACGCUGUAGCUUCUUCAUCAAAGCGACCUUUACCUUCUUCAUCAAAGCGACCUUUACCUUCUUCACCCUCACCAGCUCAGGCCAACAAAGCUAAACGACCAAGACCCUCCACGUCGACGCAGGAUGACGAUGAAGAUGAAGAAGAAGAUAACACAGUUUAUGACAACGUUGAUGAUGAGUUGAAGGCUAAAAUAGCCAGAAAGGAAGCUAGAACCAUACGAAAUCGAGAAUCAGCUCAACGUUCACGAAAUCAACGUAAAGCACAUCUUGCCUACCUUGAACAAAGAGUCGUUGAACUUGAAAAUGAAAAUCGGGUUCUAAAAGGUGACUCACAAUCACCCUCGAAAUCACAAUCACCUUCAACACCUUGUUCAUUCAUUUCCACCACAAAUGGUAGAGAAGCUUCACCUGCUCAAAGUGUUAUUUCACUUGCGAACGAUCUUGGUAUACCAUCUGAAUUAGUGAACGGUACAGGUGGCGUCAAAUUGUCAAACGUUGCCCCUCCACCAAGAGAUCUCGAAUUAGAAGAUGUUAAACCUAUCAUCGAUCAUUCGCCCUCACCCGUAUCUAAACCUAACGAGACCGAUCAACACAUAGGAUCAGAUGACUUGAUGAAUCCUGAAGUUAACAAGUUGAAAUCCGAAAACGCAGCUUUGCGCGAAAGAAUAUCACUACUUGAGAAUCUAGUAAAACAAGUAGUAGCAGUGGCCAACUUUUCCGGUCUUUCAGGUUCAGAUCAACAAGAUCAAAAACCAAUCAUCGUUGAACAACCUGAAAUCUCACCCAUACAAACAAAUAAUAGUAUGAUUGACUGGUCUUCAUUCAUCUCUGCACCUGUCAACAUACCUCCUCCUACUUCAGAGAUUACAACGGGAUUGGAAGCUACUCUGUCACCACCUUUCUACCCAGCGACUCUUACCAAUGUAUCUGAACCCAUUAUCGAACACAAUUCUAUUCCAAACUUAUCAUCAUCAGUUGAAAGUAAUUUGAACCCCGUCACUCGCCACCCAGCAGAGGUGGCGACUUUAUCUUGUGUAUUCAAACAACAAGAAAAGGCCCUGCAGCGGUUCUACUUCCAAUUCCAACCCCAAUCUCAAAACCAGUUCCAAUUCAAUUCGUUCAACAAUAUGUUCAACAAUCAGAACGAAUUACAAUGGGGUGAAAGCAAUGCCAAUGGCAACAACAGUUACACCGCGACAACGACAACUUCGUCGAUGGAAAAUAACUGGGAUGAGGCAAUGAAGAAUUUGAUCGAAGACAUAGAAGGUAGAAACGGUAGAGAUGAAAUCGAAAACAACCAGAGUGUUUUGGGCAUGGAAUGGUACGGAAAUGCAAAUGGAAGUGGUUCCGGAAUAGAAUCAGUUGUAGUAUAG